AUGCAGCGAGCAUUGCAGUUCAGGAUGCAACAAAACAUAGUAAAGAAGUCGUAUAGCCACUCCAAAUAUCUUCUUUUCGCUUUAAGCCCGGCUAGUAGUUGCCAGACGAGCCCGCAAAAGCCCGAGAUGGCCAUGGCCGACAGUGAUGGCGCGCUAGUACCAGAACCCAGGGCUGAAGUGCCUGCUGUCUCUGAUACCGAAGCGUUGACUAGUUUGUCCUCGCUGGUUCCACCAGCUUGUCCAUUGGUUGCAAUGGACACUGCAGCAGCAGAAAACACCUCUACUCCUGCCCCGACCAGUUUGUCUCCGCUCGCGCCACCAGCCACUCCAGCGGUUUCAACGGAAACCGCAGGGUCAAACGCAUCUACGCUUGCGCCUUGCCACACACACUGCACUACGCCUCCGAACCGCACCGCUCCUUUGGGCGGGCAUCUCGGAAUUCCACGAAUGACUGAUCAUGAAAUGUAUCUUGCAGGCCUCAGCUUCCAUAUAAGCAUGGAAGAGCGGCUUAAGAUUUGCUUGGCGGUGGCGAAGAACCUGCUUGAUUCGGUCGACGAUAAAGCUCCAUCCAACACUUCGCUCACUUCUCAAACAAACAAAAGGCCGCAUUGUCCAACUGCUCGAAGCAGUGAAGGCCCUGAACAGAAGCGCAAACCCCUCUUUCGUCUUAAACUCCCCGCCGGUCACGACCUGUCUCAACUCGCCGGCCCAGCAAACACCGUCGCAAGUACACCCCUUCCCGAGAGGGAGGCUGCCGCCAUCUUGGUUGCAGCUUCUUCACAGCAACAGCAGACACCCAGCGAAGAGAGCCAAACGGCGCAAGAGGAACGCACAGCCCAUGAGUAA